AUCUUUAUGCGAGUUAUGAUGUUAAUAUUUUUGAACAAAUUUCUUAUUAUUCUCCUAAGAUAUUUAAAAAUUUCAUUAUUAUAUUUUUAUCACGUGGUUUAUCCGUUUCUGAGGCAAACAUGAUAGAAAAAUAUGAUUUUGAUAAUCGCUAUGAACCAAUAUAUUUUUGGUUUGAUAAAGAGAGAAGUCAUCUAUCAAGAAAUAAUCAUGUAUCAUUUGAUAAAUUAUCAUUUAAUUAUUUGAAGAGACUCGAAAAGGAAGAGCUCGAAAAGAAAAAUGAUUCUAAAAGCGAUGACGUUGAUGAUAUUGAAUUGGGACGACGCACUUAUUAUGUGAAAUAUUUUAAAGAUAAUCAUAUGACUUUCAGUAUAAUGUUAUUUUUGGAUUUUUAUUAA